CUCCUCACUGUGUCAAAUUCAAAUUUCCUAAUAUAUGUUCUGGUCUAGAUCGCUGUUCCUGAGGCUCGUUGCAAACAGCUUGACAGCAAUUAUAAUCCAAUGGAAGGGGACAAUACCAUAUGAACAAGGACGGCGUUUGCAAUUACGUUUUUGCACGGGAGGUGCAGGGGAGCAAAAAAUAGCCAUUGGUCGAGCCCGAAGGCACCUCGAUCAAUUAAUUCGACGUUGUCAUCAACACGUACCGGUCCACAUUACGUUCUUCCCCCAUUGCUCCAAGCCACUGCGCGAGAUGUGUCGUGCGUGGGAGCAGAGGGUCGACGUCACCGAGGGCAAACCGACGUUUGGUCUGGCUCGUUCGCCGGCAAGUGACCGAAAGGCCGGGUUUUAUCUAUCUCCCCUCACGCAGAUCCAGGCUCUCAGUCUCGCUCGUUAAUUUUUAUUUCCCUCAAGCCACCUUCCAUCUCUCAGUCUCUCUCGCCCCACUGAAUGGUUUCGAGCCCUGAGCCUU